UCUGAGGAGGGAUCUGAGGCUGCAGCAGCAGCAGCUCCUUCAUGGCUUCACUUUUCACCACUUUUUCACUGACAAAGAGUGAAAAUAGCUGCGGACAGCAGAGUUAUUAUGUCCAGGGUUCAGGUUCGGGCUCAGUGUCCGUGUGAAGGUGGACAGGAGAUCCAAGUUGACUUUGAAGGACGCUUUAAAGGAGACUUAAAAGCGCGUCGAGAGCGAGACAGAGGCUGCGCGUUUUCUCAUGACGUCCAGGAAGCUGCAAACCGCUACGUUUGCACAAAACCAUGAGGAAUAUUGGAUGGACAGAAAAAAAAAUGUGCCCGGUUAACCUUUGAACCAGCUUCCUUUGUCCGCACCACAAGUCACAAGACAACAGUCUCGUAUCAUUUCACGGAUGACUGCGCUGACGAGACAACGUGUCCAUUAAAGUAAGAAGGAAGAGACACACACACACACACACAUCAUGUCCUCUGUCCAUUUCCAUCCAGGGUCAGAUUCAGGUGUGAACGGAAAUGUUGCAAAGAUGGAGGACGCUAAAGUGGAGAUCGACAAUGGAAGUCACGAGUCUGCUGUGCCAGACACGACGGAUCAUAAUAUCCGGAAGAAGAUUGCACCGUUCGUUAUGUCCUUUGGAUUUCGUAUAUUCGGAGUGAUACUCAUCAUACUGGACAUCGUGCUGGUGAUUGUGGACUUUUCCCUGCCGAGCAAGAGCAGAGAGGUGGGAGACAUCUUGGAGGCCGUGUCCCUCACCAUCUCCUUCUUCUUCCUCAUCGAUGUCCUCCUGCGGGUCUAUGUGGAAGGGUUCAAAGUGUACUUCACCUCCAAACUAAACAUCAUAGAUGCCGGCGUUGUGGUCGUCACGUUGGUGAUCACCAUGAUCUACACCUUCACCGACCUGUCCGGUGCCAGCCUCAUCCCCAGGGUGGUGACGUUUCUACGUUUCUUGAGAAUAAUCAUCCUCGUGAGACUUCUCAGAUUGGCAAUUCAAAAGAAAGAGUUGGCAAAGGUCACCAGGAGGAUGGUUUCUGAAAACAAGCGGCGUUAUCAGAAGGAUGGAUUUGACCUUGACCUGACCUAUGUCACAGAUCGUGUCAUUGCCAUGUCUUUCCCCUCGUCUGGAAAACAGUCCUUCUACAGGAAUCCCAUCGGGGAGGUCGCCAAGUUCCUGGACGCCAAACACGGCGGCCACUAUAAAGUUUACAACCUGUGCAGUGAGAAAGGUUAUGACCCUAAGUUCUUCCACUACAGAGUUGAACGGGUGUUCAUCGACGACCACAACGUCCCCUCGCUGGAGGACAUGCUCAAGUACACAGCGAGUGUGAGGGAGUGGAUGUCGGCUGAUCCCAGGAACAUCAUCGCAAUUCACUGCAAAGGAGGGAAAGGACGCACCGGUACGAUGAUUUGCACCUGGCUCAUCGACUGUGACCAGUUUGAGAGCGCACAAGACAGUCUGGAGUAUUUUGGUGAGAGGAGAACGGACAAGAGUCGGAGCUCCAAGUUUCAGGGAGUGGAGACUCCCUCUCAGAGCCGGUACGUGAGCUACUACCAGAUCAUGAAAACCACCUUCAACAGACAGAUGCCUCCACCUCAAAGCCUGAGGAUCAAGAGCAUCCGAAUCCACUCCGUAGCUGGUGUGGGGAAAGGCGACGGCAGCGACCUGAAAGUGAGGAUAAUUGUGAAGAAAGAGCUGGUAUUUAAAUGUGUGUGCGCCAAACAGGAGAACUGCAUGGUGUUUCCUGACAUGGGUAAUAAUGCAGCAGUCAUCAGUCUACAGAGCGGCCCUGUUGUUCAGGGGGAUGUGAAGGUCAUGUUUGAGUCGAGUGCUGGUCUUCCAAAAGGAUACGAAGACGUUCCGUUCUACUUCUGGUUCAACACCUCCUUCAUAAAGGAUAACAAGCUUUUUCUACACAGAGAAGAACUGGACAACCCACACAAACCUAAGAACUGGAAUGUGUACAAGGAAGACUUUGGUGUCACGAUGUUCUUCUCCGAACCAUAGACCGGAGAGGAAACGGCUCGUCGUUGCAGAUCAAACACUACGGAAUAAAGUGAAAAAGGGAAAUGUGUGUGUAUGUUGAAGCUGUUGUUGUUUGGGGAGCUGCCGCGAGUCGACUGCUCUGGAUAAUAAAGAAUGUGUUACUGGAAAAAACUGUGAAAAAGAA